GCGGUUAGGUUCGGUUCAGCCGGUCAGUGACCAAUCGCUAUCCGUUUUUUCCACACAAUAAAUUCAAUUACGUGUAAUGUGCAUCGCUUUAGGAACAGUUUUUAGUGUUUUGUGAUUGUUUUCGUAUCAAAGACGAAUUUGGAUUUAUUUUUAAAAGAGAGAUAGACAAGAUGUUCAAGUUUAUUAAAGGAAAGCCCCAUCAGAGUGCUGAAAGACACAAAUUGCAAAAAGAGCUGUUUUCAUAUAGAAGGACUCUCCAGCAUGGUUUCCCUCACAAACCUUCAGCCCUGGGCUGGGACGCUUCCUUCCGCCUUCUCUGCAUCGGCACGGCGACCGGCGCAGUCAAAGUCUUCGGCCAACCAGGAGUUGAGUUUUACGGGCAACAUCAAAAUCCCAUCCCCGUAACCCAAGUCUUGUUUUUACCUGGAAAAGGCAAAGUUGUCACCUUGCAGGAUGACAAUUCUUUGCAUCUAUGGGAGGUUAAUAAAAGUUCCUUGGUAGAAGUGAAAUCCCAAGCCUUAGAAGGCAAAUUAAAGAAAAUCAGCAAUAUGUGUUUGGAAACUGCUGGCAAACAUCUAUUGCUAGGCACUGAAGGAGGCAACAUAUAUUUGCUCGAUUUAUCAACUUUCACAAUGACUCCUGAUAUUAUUUAUCAAGAUGUUGUAAUGCAAAAUGUGCCCCAGGACUACAAACUCAACCCCGGAGCAGUGGAAGCUAUUCUAGAACAACCCGGGCAACCGAACAAUAUUCUGAUAGGCUACAAUCGUGGCUUAAUGGUUUUAUGGAACCGUUCAGACAAUAUUGCUUCGAAAACAUUUAUUUCCAAUCAACAACUGGAAAGUUUAUGUUGGAAAGACGAGCAGCAUUUUUUUAGUUCUCAUAAUGAUGGCAGCUACAUGGAGUGGGAUAUAAAUCAAUCAGAAAAACCUUGUGGAGAACCAGUAUCGCCUUACGGGCCUUAUUCCUGUAAAGCCAUUCCAAAAAUCAUGACCAGAGAAUGGGAAGGAGAGUCUUUGAUCAUUUUUUCCGGUGGGCUUCCAAGGGCAAAUCAUGGAGACAAAUAUUCAGUUUCAGUUAUUUAUGGUGAAGAUGAGCAUGUUGUAUUCGAUUUCACUAGCAAGGUAAUAGAUUUCAUCCUAAUCGAUUCCAAUGGAAAUGCUGCUGAUGAAAGCACCGACAAUGAAAGUGCAGAAAAUCACGAAAACAACGAAAUCCCUUUAACCAAUGGCAGAUCUGGUAAAUGGCAACCAGAAGCUCUUGUGGUUUUAGCAGAAGAAGAGCUGGUAGUCAUAGAUUUGCAAUGUCCAGGCUGGAAAAUGGUGAAUUUGCCCUAUUUAGUUGCACUACAUUCCUCAGCUGUCACUUGUAGCCAAUACGUUUCCGAUAUUCCGGAAUCGCUAUGGGAAACUUUGAAAGAUGCUACAAAAGCUCAAACAACAAGCACAGACUUUUCUGAGCGAUCUUGGCCUAUUGAUGGUGGAAAGUUGUUGUGUUCAAAAGGUUCCUUGCUAAAAAGAGAUUUACUUAUAACAGGCCAUGAAGAUGGUACUGUUAAAUUUUGGGAUGCAGGUGGCGUUACUCUAACUCCAGUCUACAAAUUUGCUACUGCCCAAUUCUUCACUGGAGACGAUCUGGAUGAAGCCCCUCCAAGUCAAGACCCAGACGACGCCGAAGACGAAUGGCCACCAUUCAGAAAAACUGGAAUUUUUGAUCCUUAUUCCGAUGAUCCACGUUUAGCUGUCAAACGAGUGGUUCUGUGUCCACUUUCUGGAACAUUGGCAAUUGCUGGUACAGCUGGGCAAGUGAUUAUUGCCAAAUUUGAUACCGAAGUGCUUGAGGGACCUUUGAAGGUGGUCACAAUGAAUAUUGUGAGUGACAGGGACGGGUUUGUUUGGAAGGGCCACAGUCAAUUGGCACCAAAAACUGGCAAUAUUCGUCAAGUGCGAGGUUUCCAAGCGACUACCCUAUUACAACUCCACCCUCCAGCAGCCGUAACCUGUGCAGUACUACACGCCGAUUGGGGUUUAGUAGCAGCAGGUACUGCUCACGGUUUAGCCCUUCUGGACUACAUCAAAAACAAACCUGUGGUAGUCAAAUGUACGCUCAAUCCAAAUGAUCUCACUGGGCAAGGUGACGCCCCAAUUUCGCGCAGAAAAUCUUUCAAAAAGUCGCUCAGAGAAUCGUUUAGGAGACUCAGAAAAGGACGAUCGACCAGGCAUGCUAAGGAAGACAAACAAACACCGCCAGCACCAGUUAGAAAAACACCAGUUAGUGAGCAAGGCGAUAUUAAUCCUAUAGAAGCAAAACCUGUGGAAAGGCAAAUUGAGGCUAGACCAGUUGAGGAUUCUAUUGGUUCGUUUGUUAGAUGCUUAUAUUUUGCGAGGACUUUCCUUAUUAAUGUACAAAACACAGUUCCAACUCUUUGGGCAGGCACCAACAAUGGGACAGUGUACGCUUUCACCAUAAUAGUACCAUCCGCAUCUAAAAGAGAAACUGAUGAUGUAGCGUGUCAUUUAGCCAAAGAAAUUCAAUUAAAACACAGGGCGCCAGUAAUAGGAAUAGCAGUGCUUGAUGGCUCCAGUAAACCCCUACCAGAACCUUUGGAAGUGGAAAAAGGUGUGGCGCCAUUACCUGACACUACGCAAGUGCAUAGAGUCAUAAUAGCUUCAGAGGAACAAUUCAAAAUUUUCACUUUACCAUCUUUGAAGCCUUAUUGUAAAUAUAAAUUGACCGCUCACGAAGGUGCAAGAGUAAGAAGGAUGGCUUUCGCAACAUUCUCCUGUACGAUAGCAGAAGACAACUCAAAACAUUCCGAAGUGGAUCUCCUGUGCCUUACCAACAUGGGCGAUUGUGUAGUUUUGAGCAUUCCUGAUCUAAAACGACAAUUAAAUGCGGCCGCUGUUAAGCGAGAAGACAUCAAUGGCAUAUCAUCACUAGUUUUUACAAAGACUGCAGAGGCCCUUUACCUACAUUCGUCUUCGGAAUUGCAAAGGAUAUCUUUGUCAGCCACUGCAAUAACACAAGCAAGAUGUUACUUGCCAGUACCAAGUACUGAAGACGCAGUCUCAGAAAAUGAGGAAAAUAUCAAUACAGAAGAGGCCACAGAACCCCCUUUAGUUAAUGGCACUGUGGAAACUGGUGGACUAGAAAAAGUAGAUGAACUUCCAGAAAAUGGCCAAGAAACUCCACACAAUGUUACAGUAUCAAGCAGCGUAGGUGAUAUAACCAUUGACAGCGUAAAAGAUCACAAUCUUGGUUCAGGCGAAGAAUUGAGCCGGAGGAUCAGUGGUCUACAAGUGACUAAAACUGUAACCACAAUCAUUAGUAGUAGUAGUAAUAGUCAAGGCGAAGAAGUGACUAAUAGUCAAACUGUUACAACUGCAACCACAACGUCAACAGAUUCGGAAAAUAACUAAAAAGAGCAUCCAUGCAAGUGACAUAUUAUUACGAGCUCCACUAGCUUUGGCAGAAGAGGAUGCUGAAAAUAACCAUGUUGCAGAAUAAUGGUUAAAUGAGAAACAUAUUUUGGCCAUAUUUAUUUUCUAUUAAUAUUAGUAGAAAAAUAACCUCCGUUUAUUUCUUCCCAUUGGCGAUAUAUCAUAAUUUAUGACCUAAAACGAUUUUGUGCCUUAAAACGUUCUGUUAAAUCCAAUUAAAUUAGGACCAAUGUUAGUAUUAUUUUUGUACUUAGAAUUUAACUAUGUUGCCUAGAUCAACUUUAUACUGCUUAUAUUUUGCAAAAUUUCAGCUUUGCAAUUUUAUAUAUAUAUAUGUAUCUACUUACUUAAUGCGUUUUUAGUUUGUAAGACUUACCUCUAUUUAGGCCUUUUCAUAUUAUGUUACUUUUAUGUCCAAGCAGCUUUCUUCUAUAUAAAAUAAGGUGGAGGUUUUCAUGUUUUUGAAUGUGUGCAUAUGCGCGAAUGAUCGAGUGUACUUAGAAUAAUUAUAAUAAUUAGUAAUCAAUUUUAGGGCCUUAACUUUUGUUAAUAUUUUUUAUAUCCAUAAUUAUCAUUAAAAGUUUUUUUUAAUAUAUUUAUAAUUAUUAUUAUUUUUGAGUUUUAUGUUGAAACAUCACUG